CGUGUCUUAUGUCAUUAAUAAUAUAGAUGCGAUAUGAAUAUUGCGACACAAAAUAAUUGUCUAUAGUCGAUAAAGGCAUUGGUGUGGAUUAUUCUGAUGCGGAGCACAUUUUCCCAGGGAUUAUAUUCACUUACAAUUUCCAAUGGGACGAUGACUGGCAGAAAUAUUAGCAAAGAGGUUACGGGUUGAUUUAUCGCCGUAGUGCGUGUAAACUUUGCUCAACUUACUUUAUUUGCGGAAAAUCUCGAAUAACAGAUUUUCAUUGUAUUUACUUGGGAAAGAUCCAAUACUCAGUAGCUGUGACUUGAUUAUGUAGAUGGGAAAAAUAUUUCAAUAUGAAGUGGCAAUUGGUGAAAUACGUUCAUAUCUUAUCUACAGUGAAUACAAAGCACUUUUCAUUAAGUACACAUCCGAUUUUGGGAGGAAACUGAACACUUAUGAUAAGUGAUUCAAAGUAAAUGUGACACUUACCAAUAUAAUCUUGGAUAUCACUCGAAAAUGAGAAGUUAAAUUACCGAAAUUAGAUGAAUAUUGAAACAUCAAUUGCCGUUAUGGAAAAUAAACUUAAACGUUAAAGAACGAAUGUUGUCUCAUAGACAUGUGACUUAUGGUAUUUUAAAUUGCAAAAAACGGAAAACUUAUUUAUUAAAGGAAAAUAAGAUUACAAUCCAAAUAUUCGUAGGGCAAUUAACGUUAAUUCCUGUAAGAAUAGCUGAAAGGUUGAAUCACUUCUGCUUAUUGUUGGAACUAUUGAUUACCGACGUGAAGGAAAGAAAAAAGUUCAAUAUUUAAUGGCUGAGUAAAUCGUUCAGCAGGCGUUCACAGUCAAUUCUGACGAUAUUCCAUUGAAAACACGUGUUGAAAACAGAAUUAUAUUUUAUUGUAAAUCAAUCGUACAAAAGAGACGAAAGAUACUUUAAAAGUGAGAAUACUGAAUCAGGAAUUACGGCACUGGUUUGUAUCAUAUGACUUUGAUUUUGCGGGAUUCUCUUGUAGAGUGAUGGAACGCAGAGACAGUAGACCUCGAACAGACCGACGUGAAGUACAUUCUGUUUGCAUACCGGUACCUAUGAUUGUUUUAGAUAAUACUGAAAAUGCAGAUCAAUGUGUUUUUUCGCACUCGCGGUCUACUGGAGAUUUAGAUGCGGUUUUAGCAGAUGUCGGGGAUUAUGAAAUGGCGGGAAAACUCGAGGGGUUGUCAAAUUUUUCCAGAUCAAUUUCUGACGGGAUACAUGACACGAAUGAAAGAGAUGUAAAAGCGAUUAGAGUUUAUUGCUCUCCUAGAUUGCCACGUCGCUCAGCUAAAACCUCAUACGAACCGGUACAGACACAAUCCCGAACAUAUUUAGAUUAUUUUAAUGCUUGUAACUUGAACUACCUUGGUCCAGGGAGUCGAGUAGGUAGCGCAGUGUCUUUGAACAGUGAAUUUACAUCAAGAAGUGUAGGUCUAAUUUCCAACGAUUCAAAUUCAGAAAGUUCACAACAUGUGCAUACGCCUGGGAUGAUGGAUUGGUCCGGCGCGCAAAAGCAAAAAAACGUAUUGAGAAGAUUUUAUUCUUCUCCGGAGAAAGAUGACGAAACUUUAAAUUGCACUUCAUCAGUGAGACGAAAUUCAAAAUCUAUGGGAAAUAUGCAACAACAAGUUGUUUCACUUGAUUUUGGAAGUGACUCGACCGAAGAUGAAAAUUUUCAACAAAUGUCAGACCUUGGCUGUGAUAUUGAUGAAUCCCUAGCAGAGAGAACGGGAUACCGCGUCGAAGGUGCUGGUUUAAAUAGCCAGUCAGAACGAAAUCUUGUUACAGCUGUAACCGGAGGUGCCACAUUGCGUAACGGUAGAAUACGAAAAUGGCUGACAGAAAUUUCAGAUCCAGACGACAAUUCAAACACUUAAUUUGCUGGAUUAAAUCUAGGACGAUGGUGUAUAUAAAUGCAUUUUAGAGUUACGGAUUUAUACUAAAUCAAUAAGUAUGGGAAUAAAUGCACAGCAAAAUGGUGUUACCAGUUAAAGCAAUAAUAUUGUAAUAAAUUCGUUUGUAACUACCAGUGUGUCACAUGGAUGUUUGCAUUUUACUUUUAUUGGGUGGAUGAGUGGGGGUCCAACAUAAGUCGGGUUGGGUAUUUACCGUUUGUCUUGCAGAAUGACAAUUCUAGAAACAAAACUUGAUAUAAAGUUACAGUGACUUAACUUGAUCAUAGUCCGAAAUGGUUUACUUUUCACUGACAUUUGCAAAUGUAUUUUGUCGCAUAUUGUAAUCAUACAACCUAUCAUUUGUUUAAGGGUUAAGCCGGUGCUAGGGGGCGUGGGCAGUGUUGCUUUUUCCAUUACUGCCCAUGAACAGACUCAAUCAAACCGAGUCUGCAAUUUUCACUAUUUGCCUUGUUCCCGAUGCUUCCGAGGGAUCUACUUUCCAGAUUUUAUUUAUAAUAGGAGUAUAUCAUCAAAGCACUAAAAGAUUUGACAAACGAGCAACAUCUGUACCAACAUUCUACCUGACUAUUACACGUUCGCUGUCUUGUUAUGUCCCAGUGCUGAAAUCCUACAUUACUAGAUGGAACAUAGAUUUCAGCAAUUGUUUAUAUAUAUAUAUAUAUAUAUAUAUAUAUAUUUUUUUUUUUUUUUUUUUUUUUUUUUUUUUUUUUUGCAAAUGCACCAAAACGAAAAUAUGUAGCAGUUCUUUAAAAAUGGUGAUUGUUUAAAGGCACUGAAUUGUCCGAAAGUGUGGCCCCUUUAUGAAGUCCUUUUCCGGAAUUCAAUGUAUAUAUCAUUAUACUGCUGACCAAUUGUUUUGUAGAGCAAUAUACAUGUUUUAUAUGUUGUUCAGUUUCAUGUGAAACAACACUUUCUUUCUAUAAUUUGGGGCAAUUUGAUUUUUUUCUCAAAAUGUAAGGGAAGCUUUAAAUAUUAUAUAGUUGUGGGUUGUGGGAGUCAAUUACACAUUGAUUAGUUGUCAUUUAUGAAAAAGUCGUAUUAUUUCCAUCAAUAAAGCGGCUUAAUUUUUGUUAAACUAUUUUCCUUUUUCUGAAGUGUUUGGGUCAUUUCGCGGUGACGUUACUAAAAUAUGGUUUUGUCACUGUGUUAUUGUGGUUUUGUUGCAAAUAUGGACGAGUUGAUCCAUUUAGUUGUGUUUUUACAUUUGUAGUUGGCGAUAUGGCCUUUAAGUAUUGUUAUCCCUUAUGACGGGUGCUUGGGUGAAUUGAUUUUGAUAUUGUUGUCAUUCAUGUUAUGAUAUGGUUCGAAUGUUACGAUUGUCAUUCAUGGUAGGUGUAUUGGACUUUUAAGCAUUUAAGACUGGCGAGAUACUUUAUAAUGAUACACGUGAUCAUCGUGCAUUUGGACACAUGCGAUAGUCCUUAAGUUUAUAUAGACUGUAUGGUCAUUUCAAGUACAUAUUUACGUCACAUGAUUCAAAUUAAACUAACACCAAUAUGUGACCAUUGAUUGUGGUAAUAACAAACGGUUGAUAUUCAUAUUGCAGUCAUUCUCAUUUCAGAUAGAUGACUAGGCCAUUUCAAUAAAUUGUUUCAAACUGA